AUGAAUGAGAGUGGGUUAGGAGUUUAUGGAAUUUAUUAUAAAACUAAAAUGUAGACUACAAGAGAAAAUACUGUUCAUGAUUAGAUAUUUCUGUAAACUUCUUUUUAGAAUUAAAAAUCUAAUAGAAUCAAAAGUCAAAUAGCUAAUGAAUAAAAUUAUAAUGGAUUUAGAAUGAGUAAGACAACAUUUCAAUCCCACAGAUAAAGAUAUUAAUCGACUUAAUAGGAAGCAAGAUAAUAAAGUUCUAUAAACUACUAGUCUUAAAUGUAGUAUAAAGGAUGUAAUAAUUACAAGUGUCUUAAAAUAAUAUCUGAUUUAUAGGAAAUUUAAAAAGAGAAUUAGUAAACUAUUAGGACAUUAACAUAAGAAAUUGAGAGAUUGAAGAGAGAAUUGUAACAGAAUAAUAAAGUGAUAUAUAAUGAAGAAAAGUUAAAGGAAAGAUUAGUAUCAGCAACUAGCAGAGUUUAAGUUUAGAAAUCUUUAGGUUUAUUCGGAUAGAGCUUAGAUAGUAAUUAGGUUUUUAAUGUUUCCAAAACUGAUUCAAUCAUUAUGAAUAGAACUAUAUCAUAAAAAGUAGAAAACAUUAAUAUAUCAUAACUAUUAAAUAAUAACUAAAAUAUUGGAUAGGAAAUAACUAAGUUAUUAGAUAUAUAUAACAAUUCUUAAAUCUAAAAUUAUUCCUAUCAUUCUUAUAAGGACAAUCAAAACUAAGUACCAUAUAUAAAAUGCGAUAAAUGUAAUUUAAUCAAGAAUUUUCACAUUAUUUGUUUAGAAUGUAAACAUUAUUAUCAUUAUAAUUGUUUAAUCAAACAUAUCAGCUCUUAAUUAGUAAAACAAUAGGAUAGUUUCAAUUUAAUUGGAACUCUUUAAUGUCAUUGUAAUGCUAAAAUAAAAUUACACUUUAUUAAAAUGAUUUGCUAACCAGAGUUCUUUAUCAUUUAUUAAAUUAUUUCUAAUUUUUAGCUUUUCCAAUUAGCUAAGUCAUAUUAUUUAGCAAAUAAUUAAAACUAAAAUCAGAAUAUUUAUAAAUGUAUCAAAGAACAUUGUUAUUUCAUUAUCAUAAGUGAUGAAAAUAAGGUCUCAUAUUGUCCAUUAUGUUGUGAAUUCAAUUUAUUUGUAUAAAUUAAAUUUAUUUGA